UGCAGAUAUCGUCCGACUGGCAGUAGAGCUCUAUUCACCGCGCAGCUGAAGCUUUUAUUGGAGACUGCGCACUUUGAGGAGAGACACUCUGCUCUCUCGAGGAGGCUUUGACAGGACAGAAAGAGUGACUCUAAACAACUCCACACGUUAUCUACAUGGCAGAGCCCAACUUCCCCCCACUGCCGGGGUUUAUUCCACUCAAGCCAUGCUUCUACCAGGACUUUGAUGAGAUCCCCGAGCAGCACCGCAGCCUGUGCAAGAAAAUGUACCACCUGUGGAUGUUGAACAGUCUUACUCUUGCGGUGAAUCUCCUUGGCUGCUUUGCAUGGAUGUUUGGUGGAGGUGGCGUGACCAACUUUGGGCUGGCUAUCAUCUGGCUCAUCAUGUUCACCCCCUGCUCCUAUGUCUGCUGGUUCAGGCCCAUCUACAAGGCCUUCAAGACUGAGAGCUCCUUCAACUACAUGCAGUUCUUUUUUGUUUUCAUGGCCCAAGUGGGCAUCAGCAUCAUCCAAAGCAUUGGCAUCCCUGGAUGGGGAGUAUGCGGUUGGUUGGCUACCAUCUCCUUCUUCUCCUAUAAUAUUCUGAUUGCUCUGGUCAUGUUGGUCCCCACCAUCAUGUUCACUGCAGUCGCCUCACUGUCCUUCAUUGCCCUCACCAGGAUCCAUAACUUCUACCGUGGCGGUGGGGGCAGCAUGUCCAAAGCUCAGGAGGAGUGGACCACAGGGGCCUGGAAGAACCCCCACGUCCAGGCGGCGGCGCAGCAGGCGGUGGUGGGGGCCGCUACCGGAGGCAUGCAGGAGCAGCACCCGAGCCCACAGUACAACGUCAACCAGGUGUAGAGGUGUCAAAGAGAUACGUGACAGUUAUGCCAACAUUUAAACAACAGGGUUAGGGAUAUGUUGUCAUUCCCCACGAUAGUUUUGGUUAUUAAAUGGAAAACAAUUGCAUAUUUUGACAUCCAGUUUUACAUAAAGGAUACAUCACGGAUGAUUUCAAGCAAUUUCAUCAUUUUGCAAAACAAAUCUCUCUGUGUGAAGCUGUUUUGUACCUUCCCGUGUUUAAGGGCACGCGGAUUGGUUUUCUUCUGUUGUGAGGUUGGAAUGAAAGUAGUUUUGAAUGUUUGUUACUUUAGAGGCUCCAUGAGAGCUGUGUGCUGAUGUUCUUUGUGUUGACGUGUUGUUUUAGCCAUUUUGACAAAAGAAAGCAAAAUUAUAUUUUUGAUGUACAAUAACUUUGUGAUGAUAAAGAUCUUUAUUUAGUAUUUAUUUAGUUAUAGUGCACUAUGUGAGAGAUAAAGAUGAUAUGUUUUCAAGUGACUUGUUUUUUAAUUCAAGGGCUUACCAAAGAUCCCAUGUAGCAAUGCUGAUUGACAUAAUGCUAAUGUAUGUGACCUCAGCAUUGUUUCAUCAUAUUUCUAUAGAAUGAAUGUUUGCACUGGUUGUUGUGUUAAAAAUAACUGUAUCUGUAUCAAAGUCAGACAGUUUUGUUGCAAGAUAUCACCUCGAAGUGAAUAUCAACAGAAAUGUCAAUUUACCUUUGAGUUGACUCUCUGAUGUACUUCCUGUUGGACAUUGGUGGACACUGAAAACAUCAGAUAUGUAUCACAGAAAAAUAACAUCAGUGUUAAUGGUUCUAUGCAAAUUCAGCAGAAAACCAAUUAACUAUCUGACCAAUGGGCUGUUUCAGCUCAAGCUUGAACUGAAUGUACUUUUUAAAAGUUAUUUCUUUCCUGCAUUUUGGCUGUUUGACCACUGAGAGGCGCUGAUGGUUUUGGUAUGAAAUAAAAACAUGUACAGAUUA